AUGAAGUUUAUUCAUCACGCUUCUCUUCUUGUCUUCCUCUCCGACUGCAAUGGCCUUUCGCUGGAAACGCGGCGAUCAGUCAUUGGAUGGAUGGGGAGCGCCAGUGCUGGUCUUAUCGCUGCAAACGCCAAUGCCGCCGAGACAACUGAUGUUGAUAAUUAUUUGAGAUCGGGAAUGGUUUCCAUGCCCAUGGGUGUUAGUGGCCAAGCAGGCAAGGCAAAGCCACAAACAGGCGUUGUGCUGCGCGAAGGCACUGAUGUUAGUCGAGACUCCAAGAGCGGCAAUGUAUUUGCAGAAAUUUUGGUGCAGAAGACUGAUAGCAGUGAUUUGAUGCCGGUCAUCACUUCCUUUCAAUCUACUUGGGCUUUAGCUACUGGUUCCCUAUUCGAUAUUGAGUGCAGAGAUUCUGAUACAGGCGAUGGCGCCUUUGUGGCGGUUAGCCCCAACGUUGGAGGAAAUAGCGUGGAUGCACUAAAGGACUCCUUCUUUAUCAAAUUCUUGUUCUCGCCAACGGGCCGGUUUUCGUUUUAUGGACAACCAACUGAUAUCAAGGUUAAGAAAAGCGAAAUGAGUGGAGACUACCGCAUUCUAGAUGUCAGUUUUUCCACAUUGAGUCAGUCAACUCAAACCGAGAUUCCACGAAAGGCCCGAGUAAUUGCUACAAUCCCAUCUGGUUCGAAGCAAGCCGUCAUGCUGGUAUCUAGUGCUUCCGCCCUUCGGUGGAAGAAAGGAGCUGAGAAGCUAGUCACAUCAACCAUUGAAUCUUUCAAGGCCACACCGGCACCUGAAACCUCCUUGAAGAUCCGAGCUCAAGACACUCGGGCAUCAUCAUCUGUGAUAGAUUAA